GUUGCGUCAAACACGUCGAUGUGACUGAAAGCAAAAUUUUCAGUUAGCAGCUGGCAGCCGCAAUAAUGUCUGUAGUGGAUAAAAUUAAGCAUUAUCAGCGAAAUAUUGAAAAAUGUGAUGACAAUGAAGAUAGAAUACUCCAUUGUAUUUCAAAGUUAUCUAAUCUGCCAGUAACGGUACAGCAUCUUCAAGAAACUGGUGUAGGGCGUACAGUAAAUGCUUUAAGAAAAUAUGAUGGUGGUAUAGGAGAUGCGGCUAAAGCACUUGUUGCAAAAUGGAAAGCAAUGGUUGCUAGUGAAGAAACUAGCGAAGGAGAAGAUGAAGAUGAAACAUGUGUCCCUGAUGCAUCUGAGAGCUAUAGUGAUAAUCGUGAAUCUCCAAAAUCUGAAGAGAAUUCUGCAAGGCUUAAAAAUGAAGGAAAUGGAAAGCACAUGCAUAGGCAUAGAUCAGAAAAAAGUGAGGUCUCACAUACAUCGCACAAUAAUAAAUAUCCUUCCAAACAUGAAUCAAAAUUGAAACCCGUUGAAUCUCAGUCAAGAAGUAAUAAUGACAUUUCAAAAAGUUCAGGAAAUGAUUUGGAGAAACAAAAAAAGUAUGAUAAAUCUAAACAUAGCCAUAAACAUGACCCAAAAAGUGACAAAAAAUCUUUAAAAGAUUCUAAAAGUGCCUCUAAAAAGGAUGAAAUUCAUGGUUCCAAACAUCAUAAUCAUAGUAAAGUUGACAACACUGAAAAAUAUUCUAGUAAAUCUGUGGAUAGCAGUAAUGUGUCUAAAAGCAGUGAAGAAGUUCAAAGAAAACGGAAAACUGAUGAUUCAAAUAUUAUCAAGAAGGAAAAUAAACGAAGAAAAAAUUCAGACAGUGAAAGUGAUGAAGGCAAACUUCAUGUAUCUUCUAAUUUUGAAAAGCAUAAUACUACUAUAUUAAAUACAAUCAAAAUAAAAGAAGAGCCCAAGGAUAAAGAUGUAUUAACUAAAAACGAAAUUAAAAGUGAAAAAAAAGAGUCUCAAGAAAAACCAAAGGGCAGUUCAAGCAAAUAUAGGACUGAUUCAUCUAGUAGUAAAUUAAAAGAUAGCGGAGAGAAACAGAGACAUAAAACUGAGACACAUACAAAUCAUAAUAAAGAUGAAACUAAACGAAGUGAUCAUUCUAAUAAAGAAUCUUCAGAAUCAAAGCAUCAUAAUAGUUCCUCUACCGAUAAGCAUCAUGAUAAAAGUAAAGAUAGGAGUAAAAAAAAGGAUCAUAAAGAAGGAAAAAGUAAACAUGAAACUAAGAGCAGUAAAGAUUCAAAACAUUUGAAACAUGGAUCAAAGGAAUCAAAGGACCUUAUAAAAAUUAAGCAAGAAAUUAAUGGUGAUGAAGGAAUAGAUUGCCACUCUGGUGCCAGUUUUGCAGAAGCAUUGGGUAUGUGUACAAUGGCUCAACCGUCUAAAAAACGUAAUAAUAAUUCUCCCAAUACAAGUGCAGCAAAAAUGAUCAAAAUAGAACAAUCAACUUCAAGUAACAAAAAGACAGCAGUGAAAAUUGAAUCAACAAGUGAUACUUUACAAACGCCAUCCCUUUUAACAUCAAGUGUAAAAUUAGAACCAUUAAGUGUAGAUUUAGCAUCUACAUUACCUGAAAUUAGCCCCAAUUAUAAACCAUUGCCAUAUAUUAACCCUGUUCAUCGCAAAGAAGAAGAUAAAGUUCUUACAGAUGUAAUGUAUGUUAAAAAUCAAAGGACAAAAGUAUAUUCAGGAAAUAAGUCUGGAUAUACAAGUGUACCAACUUUAUUUGAGAUAUGUACAAGGGUAUUGAUAGAGAAUAUUGAUGCACUAGAAUUUACGGGUGGUGUGCCUUUUGAUAUAAUAAAGCCUGUUCUGGAACGUGCAACAGCAGAUCAGUUAUUUAUGCUGGAACAUUAUAAUCCCUAUUUAAUUGAAGAUACAGAUGAAUUGUGGCAUUAUCAUUGCAAUCGUGAAUUCAGAAAUAAACAAAGGGAAGAAAUGGAAACGUGGCGUGAAAUGUACAUGAGAUGUUUAGAUGAAAGAGAAGCAAAAUUAAAAACGCUUACUGCUAAUAUAAAACAAUCGAUAGACAAGUCAGUUCCGGUAAGAUCUACCAAACUUGCAUAUGUAGAUAAUGUUGUCAAACCUCCGAGAAAUAUCCUUAAGAAACAAGCUAAAUAUGGUACUGCAAAUUCUGUACCUAACACUGCAUCUAGUAUAAAGAAGAAAUUAAUUAGUGGGGGCGGUCCUACAGCUGCUACAAAUAUUUCUGUUCCGGCACCACCUAUAUCCCGUACAAAGCCAUUGAAGAAAACAAAAGCACCACUGAUGGCGAAAGCUUUGCAGUUAAUAAAAGGACGUUAUAAACGGUAGUUUAUAAACAACUUAUUAAUAUUCAACACUUUAGAAAAUAUACGUGUGCUGCUUCAGGCAUUCCGAGAUUUACCAAAUCGACCAUGCCAAAAUAAUUGCUUAGUGCUUUCAUAUCUACUGUAAACACUAUAAUCAGUUUCGUAAAUUCUACAGUAG